AGUGCACGGUAGGGCUAGCCCGGAAAGGCUGAAAGUUUGGAGCGGCGGGUCCAAGCUCCUCCCACGGCUCGGGCGCAGCGGGAAAGGGUACCGAGGCGAGGAGCUGGCGGGCGGCGGGAUGCGGCGGGUCACCCGCCCGAGCCCUCAUGACCUGCAGGAGAGAUGCGCGACUGCAGCUGGGCCGGGAAGCCCUGCAGGCGGCGCCUACGCUGCUGGUCCCCGCAGUGCUACUGGGUGCCUUACUCGGCCUGGGCCUCGGCCUGUGGCUCGGCUGUCGUGCGAGGCGCUUGCGCGCGCGGCUCCAGAAAGAUGACACAAAACAUCUGCUCAGGAGUUCGGAGCCCCCUGCACAGAGCCUCCGGGAUACUAGCUCCAAAGCCAGGAGGCGACAGAGAGAAACCACUCGAGAUGAAGAUGCUCCUGAGGUGUGUGAGCCGUCCUUGAGUGGCAACAUCACGGCCUUUGCACUGAAAGCCAGAGUUGUCUAUCCCAUCAACCAGAAGUUCCGGCCUCUGGCUGACGGAUCCUCCCACCCAUCGCUGCAUGAAAACCUGACACAGGCAGCAGCCAUCCUGCCUCACCUUCCCCACCAGCCGGCAGAGGCCUCGCCAGCCAGCAGUCUGGGCAGCCUGAGCCAGGCUGGCAAGGAGGAUGGCAGCUCCUCCUCCAGCAUGCAGUCAACCUACAGCGACGACAGGGUCCUCCAGUGUGCCUUCCUCCGGGUGGGCAGCUUCCCUGAGAUUCUGGCCUAUGAGAGUGUAGAUAUUGACCUGUGUGUCUGCAGCCUUCACCUGAAAGACCUGCUUCAGGUAGACGCGGCGCUGAGGCAGGAGAAGCACCUGAUGUUCCUUCAGAUUCUUAAAGCAUGCCUCCUGGAAUGUUUUCCUAAAAAGAAGCCUGAGGAGGAAUUAUACCAGAAGAUUCUUUCCAAACAAGAACAUGAUUUGGAGGAAUUAGAAAAAGGACUUCAGGCCAGAUUGGCAAACACAGAAAUGUUAGGUACCGGCGACUCUGGCUACAUUUCCCUGGCAGAUGUGGAGAGGAAGGAGAGAGAGCUCUCAGAGCAGCUCAUAGACAAUAUGGGAGCUUUCUGGAAGCAGAUGGAAAGCAUGCAGCCCAUUCUCAUGGACCAGCUUAAGUGUUCCAGCUCCAAGGCACGGCAGCUCAUGAUGACUCUGACGGGAAGAAUGAUUGUCGCUGAAGGACUGCUGCAUGAGUCUCAGGACCUGCAUGUCCUGGACACUCUGGAGAGGACAAUGGGUCGAGCCCACAUGGCAAGAAUUGUAGAGUUCCUGAGGACCCAGAUCCAGGAGGAGACCAAGUGCCGGCUGGCCGCCAUCUCCCGUGGCCUGGAGCUGCUGACUGUCCAGGGGCAGCUGUCUGGGAGGCAGAAGGAGGAACUUCUGACCCAACAGCACAAGGCCUUCUGGGAGGAGGCAGAGUGCUUUGGCAGGGAGUUUAUGCAGCGGGGCAAAGACCUGGUCCAGGUGUCUCAGGCUCACCGGGCAGAGGCAGUGGCAGAGCUCACACGGGCCCAAGAAGAAGAACGGAGGAUUUUCCUGGCUGAUACCCAGCCAACCUCAGAUCCGGAAGAGUUCCUCAAGGCUUUUCAUGAGGUACUGGAGAGGCAGCGGCUGACACGGAGUGACCAGGAGGGGGAGGAGGACACCAGGAUCACUGAGGCCAUGGCUGCGCUCUGCCAGGAGCUCUACUGUGGCACCAUGGAAACGUUCCAAAAGUUUGUGGACACCCUGUUUCUGAAGACCCUCCCGGAAGUGAGCAGCCUCCCUGUGGCAGAAUGCGAGGCCCUGAGGCAACAGGUCCAGGAACAGGCAGCAAGGCAGCUGGGGCAGGCAGACCGAUUCCGCAGACGACAGUGGGGGCUCCUGUGUGACCUCUUGGAGCAGGACAAACGGGUGUGGCUGGAGGAGUGCACGCUCUCCACAGUGCUGCAGAGGCAGCUGCGGGAUCACCACGAGAGCACCAUCCACGGGGUCCUGAGCAGAUUCAGUGGCCUCUCGGAAGAGUCCACACGAGGCAUCCUGCAGGGACAUGAGCUGCUGCUGUGCUCUGCUCUGCGCAGACUGGCCCUCCGAGGUACCACCAUCACUGCCCUGGCUCAGAUGAGGCUGUCUGGGAAGAAGAGGCUCCUGCAGGAGCUACAUGAGCAGCUAGCUUUAGAGCAGGGUGUGUCCCCAUGCCUGGAGGAGCAUCAAUGGCAGCUGCUCAGAGCCCUGGAGGCACGGAUCCUGGAGGAGACAGCCAGGUUGGAGGAUGAGGCACAGCAGACCGCUCUGCGGCUCCAGCAGCAGCUGCUGGCGGAGGCACAGGAAGCAGGGCAGCUGUUGCAGCUGCACUCGGAGCGGGCCAUUGGGCAGGCGCUGCUGGUACAUGCUAGGAAUGUAGCCAGCAAAGGCCGGACCAGGGAUAAGGAAGACUUUAAGAGGACGCUGGUGGAGACAGUGGUGGAGAGUGUGUAUGUGACCAGCACUAGUGUCAACCGCCUUGUGCAGGUGCAUUACCAGGGCAUCGGGAAGCUCCUGCAGGCCCAUGAAGAACAAUUGCUGCAGCGCCUGAAGACCCUACAGGAUGAGAGAAUCAAUGCUUACAAGCUGUGGAAGAAGCAAGAAUUCAGUGACCCACCAUCAGAGAGCCAGACACCAGGCGGUACCCAUGGAGCGCCCCAGGCUGUACAGCAGAGGAUGACGUCACAGCGGAAGAAGCUCCUGGACCAGUUCACAAAGCACCAGCAGGGCCGCCUGAACUCUCAGAGGCAGAAGGCACAAGAGCUGGACCAGCUGGAAGCCCAGCUUGAGACCCAGCUGCAGGAAGCUGAGCAGACCCUUAUCUCGGAGCUGGCGACAUUGGCCCGAGUGCCCCUUGCUGAGAACAAGCCAUUCUCCAACAAGCGAGGCCUGCCAGAGAAGCCGGUAAGGACCAAAAGGAAGAAGCCCCCACCUCGGGAGAGAGAGGACCUGGGGCUACCAAACGAUGACCACCCUGCCUUGGCCGACCACUCCACAGGACCACUCAGCAACGGAAAGCUGGGUCAGCAGGACGGCGAAGCUUGUGAUGGAGAAAACACGAGGAAGAUACUGCAGAAAAGAAGCAAUCUGUGAGCUGCUGAGACGGCCUGCCAUGCACCUCACUUCCUCUGUGCGACUGGGGGACAGAAGAAUAGGCCAGUCUUGAGAGAGGGGGUGCCACCUGCCUUAGAAAGUGAAGAUGGCGAGACAGUAGCACCAAGUGCCUGGGAUCAUUGGAAACGAUGGGGACAUGCCCUUGAGAAUGUAGCAUCUCAGCUUUCACCCUGGACCUCUUGCCCUGAUCUCUUCCUCCCUCAGGAGGGUCCUCUACCCCUGCCCUCCAGCCUCACACAGUGUCUUGGUGCUGCCUAACAGUCUGGUUAGAGAUUGGAGACCCUGAUUCCCAGCAUGCAUGAAGUCCUGCCCAUCAGGGUCUCAGCAUGGCUGGUAUUUUCCAGGCCUGAGGCCACUGUUUCAUCUCCACCAUCCACAGUCAUCCCCUGGUCCCUGGCUCUGGCUGCCAGGAUCCCAACUGGAACCAACUUUUGGCCUUGCUAUUUCUAUCUGUUGGCUCAGGUAGCCCUGGGACCUGGGCACCCAAGGAUGUGUGAGUCCCAGGGCCAACGUUCUUGGCAUAACAAAGGGGUUCCAGACACACAGACCUGUUCUGAACCACUCAGAACAUGGGGACCAUACUUGCCUGUCACAUAUAACAAGGAGUCCUCUGUGGGCAGGGAAGACAUAGAAGGACACUGUUCCUACCACCAGGAGUCGCUGAGGAGAGGAAAUCAUCCCUCGAGGAGACACCCACAGGUCACCUGCCCUUCCGAGGGAUGAUGAAGACUUCAUAAGCUUUCAAACCAGCCACACUUGCCCCAUAGGCCAGAGGCCUUUCCCACCCAGGGGGGCUUUCUCUUCCAGCAGCAUCUAGGAUUCCCAAUCAUCACUGUCAACAUUUGGGUAUGAUCACUCAUUAUCCAGGUGUGAAAGCUGCUGCUGCCAAAGAUGGAGUCUCUUAUGUCAGACCCACACCCAUGUGGAGCUGGGAGGUUGUGGGCGGCACACACAGGUACAUCUGAGAUGAGAGCCAUCACUCAAUGGAAACACACCUUCAGGUUUCCUGCUCUUAGGAGACACCUCCCAAGGAACAGCAGUGUGUCUGGGAGUGACACCAGAGGCAGAAAGAGGGCCUGACUAAGGACUUGGCUGAGGCAGCAACCAAUGUUCCCUUUUCUUCCUCCAAUACUAUUCCCCCAGCCUCCUGUGCCAUAACCUCCUUGCUGCCUCUUCCUAAAUAAAGAACUCUACCCCAGGA